UUGACAAACUGAAAUCAAUGGAUUUGUUCGUGACACAUUUAUAUUAGUAACAUGUUCCUAUAGUUUUUAUAACAUUUUCCUAACAGAACCGAGCCCCAGAAAAUGAAUAAUGCGUAAAGUGUUCAUGCUAAAUGAUUUUAGCGAAAAUGAAGAAUGUCCGAGAUUUUCAGGAGAUAUAAUACAAAAUUUAAGACACGCACUUCUUGCCCCUCCUGAAUAUAAAAUAAACAUAGAACAAGCUUUACAAAACGUUGAUUUUAAAUUUCAUAGAAGAUGCAGCUACGCCAAUCUUAUUAGGGAGUGUAAUGUGGCAGAAGGACAGACCUUGCUGAUUUUCUGGGGCUACGGCACUUCUGACAGCGGAAUUACAAUCAUGUCCGCUUCCAGUAGUACCUCAAUCCUCAUGUCACCGGGAGCGCAGGGUAACCAGCAGCUGCGCUCCACUGGCCAGCAGACCGACAUCAGCUGCGGCUACUCCAGCUUCGCUUCGCCAGGACUAGUGGGCGAGGCGGAGUCGCAGCGCGCGCUGCGCGAGCGGCUGGCGGACUCUGCGCGGCGCGGCGCGGCGCAGCGGGAUACAGCUUGCUUAUGUAGAGAAAUAAGUGAAGGCGAUCCUGCCGAUCCCCGCUCCGCGCGGUGUUCUCGAGGGAAUCGAUAG